AUGGUUAUGGAAAUUUUAAUUUCUGUGAUACUACUGUUUGUGGGUAUAGCUGUUCUGGUCAUGAUUCAUUUUUGUAUAGUUGGGAGGGUUUUCAGCAGGAGUUACAACAAUGGAGAUAUUGCUGAUCAAAUUGAAAUGAGAAUCACUAGAAGCCCAAGCAUGUCCAGUGAAGACAUAAAGGAACUGCCAUGUUUUCAUUAUAAGGUGGAGAGAGAAAAUAGCCCCUUGGAAUGUGCCGUGUGCUUGGAGAAUUUCAUGGUUGGUGACAAGUGCAGAUUGCUGCCAAAGUGCAACCACAUCUUCCAUGCUGAAUGCAUAGAUUCUUGGUUGUUGAAGACAGCUGCUUGCCCAAUAUGUCGAACCGGUGCGAAUUUACAGAAGAUUGAUGGGCAAAGUAGUGGCUCAAGCGAAGUUGGGGUUGAAUUUGGGGUUGAAUUGACAUAG